AGACGCCGAUAUUGCGUUACAUUGUAGCAAAAUGGCGGCUGUCAUUCAGAAUCCACUAAAAGCGUUGGGCGACCAAUUCUACAAGGAUGCUAUUGAGCAGUGCCGCAGCUACAAUGCUCGCCUGUGUGCCGAACGCAGCGUCCGCCUGCCAUUCCUGGACUCACAAACCGGCGUGGCCCAGAACAACUGCUACAUCUGGAUGGAGCGGCACCACCGUAGCCCCGGGGUUUCAGCCGGGCAGAUGUACACUUACCCCGCCCGCUGCUGGAGAAAGAAAAGACGGCUGCACAACACCACAGAUCCCCGCCUGGGCAUCUACGGCCUGCAGCUCGACGGUGGCCUCAUGUCCAAGGACACCUUGCCCACUCAGAGCACCACACUGGAGGCUCUGCUGCGAGGAGAGGGUCUAGACAAGAGGAACAACGCUAAGAACGAUGAGGAGAGUCUGCUGGAGAUCCAGAGGGUUCUGGAGGCCGACGCAGCAGAAGACGCUUUCAACGAUGAUGACGACUACGAAGUAGACACUCCCAAGAGGAGACAUCGGGGCAAAGGGAGAGGUCGGGGUUCAGGCCGUAGGAGGACAGAUCUGGAUGACGACAAGCCAUAUGUCUGUGACAACAGAUACAAACAAAAGCAGAACUCAAAAUCUUCGACCUCAGUCUGUGCAAAGCGCUACAGGAACCGUACGGGACUAAGCUACCACUACACCCAUUCCCACCUGGCAGAGGAGGACAGAGCUGGAGAGAGGAACACGGUGGCGUCCAGGUCUCCCUCUGCACCACAGACUGACAGACACAAACGUCCAAAGGGUCCAGGUGGGACCAGCAUUCCCAACAACUACUGUAAUAAAUGCCAGGGCUCCAACAAGAAAACGGGUAAAUCUGGGUCUCCCUGCGCAGCCUGCCAAUGCACAACUGACUGCGGAGAAGAGAAGGAAGAUGGGACUUUUACCGGAGCCGAGGAGCUGUUCGGCACCACCUCGGAGAGCGACACUUCCACCUUUCACGGCUUUGAGGACGACGAGCUGGAGGAGCCCGCUACAAACAGCAACGGGAUAUCCAACCGUCACAGAUAGAGCAAACCUUUUCUUUUUUGUUGUUUUUUUUUUUUUUUAUAUGGAUUAACCUCUGGCAAAAAUUUGCUGCUUCUUUUUUCAAUGUUUUUGUUUGCAGAAAGCACAAAGUGAUAAUUUCAGGACAGAAAUGCAAGUGGUAUUUUAUCUACUGAACAUUGUUGAAUAAUUUAUGAACACCUUUUUUUAUAUAUAAAUAUAUAUAUUAACUUUUAAGGCGAUGAACGACUGUCAGUGUUUGUUGACAAGUGACUUGGCCUUCAUGCAAAAUGGAGGAUGUUUUUGGAGUUUUUUUUUUUUGUUGUUUUUUUUCUCCCCCUCACUGGAGCAGAAGGAGCAUAAAUAUGAUGAACAAAAAACACUGGAGAAAUUAGAAAAUUGAACAAGUGAAGAUUAUAAAGGCAUGAAUGAUACGUCUGGGGGUUGAUUGAAUGUCAUUGCAGACACACACUUUAGCUACUGGAUGUUUUUUUGGACCAGUAGUGGCUGUUACUAUGAAGGCCUCUUCUUCUGCUCUAACUUUGGAUUAAACUUGUAUGAAAAUGAAGGAACCAAUGAAAGGACUGCCACAGCCCACUGGAAAUGUUUGGAUGAAGAAGUCUAUAUAAAUAUAGUCUUUACAGAUGUGAUGGACUUAAAAAAAAAAAAAGGAAGGAGCACUCAGCACAUUGGCCCAGAGGUGGGGGUGACCAGUGAAGAAGAGGAUUUAACCCUCAAAAACUGAUGAGCCUUCAUGUCCCUCCCGUCUCGGGCCUAAAAUAUCUGACUGAAACGGAUGAACGGACAUCCACCACUUCUACAGGCCAUGCGGCUUAAUUGAAGCAACUGCUCCCUUGACGAUAUGUAUCGAUCCCCUCUGAACAUUUGAUAUGUGAGUAGAUCCAGCUUCAUUUCAUCCUUUUCUGCGCUGUGCUGGAGCUCCACUGAACUAUGGGAACACUAAAGGCCAGGCCUUUGGACUUGUUUGUGCCCAACGGGUGCAUUUGGGGCCCUCGCGUCCCAGCCUGCCCACUCUUGCUCUGUGACUGUGUGUCUGCUGUGUGAUCCGAUGUGACACUAAGACGUCAUUAUCCUCAUCACUGUGCCAGCCUGCCGCUCUGCACUGGAAAACCAGCUCUGACAGCCAUGACCCUCCAACCUUAUUGGACCAGUGACCCCCUGACCCCCAGCCAUAGAGAUGGUGCUCAAAUCCACCACUAUUACAUGCAGACCUCUGGACUACUGUAUUAAUACUCUGACAUGGACGCAAAGGUUUUCUGCUUCUGUCCCUCUGUCUGUUUUUGCUCUAUCUCUUCUGCCUCUCUCAUCUCUAAUGGGCCGCAGUAAUUUAGCUCAUUUUUUUUUUUUUUUUUGCAUCUUUUCUCUGUUGUAUAAUAUUUCUAUGUUUUGAACUCUUUAAAGUUUAAUUAGUAUGACUUCUUGGGUUUGUUCAGACUGUAUCAAUACCUCUGUCCUGAUCAGGUGCACAAUAGCCACAACUACUCAGGCAUCUUUCGUUUCCUCUGCUGUUGAUUGUUCAGCCACUCAGCCCUGAUUCAUGUGAUUGUAUUCAGUUGGCGAGGAGGGACAAAAAACGCCACACACGGAUCCCAUUACAAUCAACUCCCAGUAGGGAUUUGGGACGCUGCAGCCUCAUGCUAUAGGAAAACAUCGCAAUAACAAGCUUCAGCUUUGUCUGGCCUAUGCGGAUUUCGUCCACUUUUUGUCUAAAAUCUACAGCCUCAGUAGAUUUCGGAUGAGAGUGAGAUUCAUCUCGAAUGCAUUUCAAAAAAAUGUCAUUGCUAGCGAGACAUAACCCCGCUCAGAUCCACAUACUUGGUGAGAAGUGGAAACUGUAAAAUCCAACAUUUGUGACAUUUCCGUUGAGUGCUUUAGAGGGCCUAAUUGCUUUAUGACAUUUAGAAGGUGCUUGAAGUACUGUAUCAAAAAGCCUUUUAAGUCCAUAGGUUGCACAUGCUGUGUAAGAGGGCCAUGUACUUCCAUGUGAUUAUUCAGUAUCGCUGCAGUGUGAUAAUAGCCGCUCCGUUUUUGAAGCUAACCAUUAUUCCUUAUGUGUCUGGUAUGACUUGCUUGUGCAUUCAAACCAAUUUUCUUCACUUCCCUCAGGGACCCUCCACACAGCAGUUUAUCUCAUCUGGACUUUCAUUGGAUCUGAGACUUGUCAACUAUCUUGUCGUCUUCUCUUGUAUCAGUUAUGUGGUGUUUCCACAGUAAAAUAGUGUCUUUUAUCUUCUAAAGUCACGCCAGUAAGUGAAAGCAUGUGUCAUCAGUCAUAACCUGUUACCUACCGUAUAACAAACAGGCCAAGUGUGGUGCAGUUCUGAACAAAAGGAGAAGCUCCUAAAAUGCAAAAGUCAGUGACGUCUGCUUAAAAUAACGUGUCACCAAUCAUUGAAUAGCCUGUAUACCUCGUCAAAGACACAGCAAUAGGCCCUGGUACUCUCUUGUCAAGCCUGCCGGGGGUGGAGAGGGAGGAUCGGGGUGGGAACGGAGCCAAGAGGAGAUGAAAUGGACAUGACUGGGUGUUUGUUUCAUCUUCAGCUGUAAAUACAAGUCGAAAUGGAGAGAAUGAAGAAGUCUUUGUUUGUUAAACUAUUUUUAUUGUUCUGAAAAAAAAUAAAGAAAAAAAAAUAAAGAAUUAAUGGUGA